AUGGCACUUUGGAAGAUAUGUAGACAUACGCAAGAUGAGUUUAUUGCAAAACGUUCGUUGAGUCAGGCGAAUCAACUAAAAGCGUACGAAAUGUCACAAAAACAGUUGUUCAGUGAUGAUCGAGAGACACCGGAUAGCAGUUCGUGGAAAAAGGAUACAGAAGGUAUGAAUUUUAGUCAGAAGAGAAAAUCAUCAUUGAAUGAUGGCGUUGGUGAUAGUGAAACUGCGCAUAUGCCUAUGCGAUUCGCAAAUCUGUUUCGAACAAAAUCAGAGCCAUUAAUGAGCGAUCAUGGGAGUCGAUGUGAGCACGAAGAAGAGGACAGCGAUCGAUUGAGUGUGGAAUCAGCACUUCGAGAGCCACUGAAAUUCCGAUGUCCACAUGCGUUCGUUCGAUUUGGUGUGGGUGGCAAAGUGCUGAUUAUGGAUCCGUCACUAUCGACGAGUCUUAUCGAAGUGAAGGAUCUGAAGGUGGCGGUGAAGGAUAGCGAGACAAAGCAU